UAGAGCAGGUCGGACAGAGAAGUUUAGCUGCUUCGUCGUCAAAGCAUUUCCUUCUACUGACAGACAUAGGUUAAUUCCACUUGCCAUGGAUGACCAUGCGCUUGGCAACAUCAAUGGCCAUUUAUAAAAUACCAAAGGCUUUCUUUAUCUAUCCAGGUUUCUUACCAUUUCUAAGCCUGUGUGAGUUAAAUGGCUGUUGUGUCUUCUCCAGGUGCCUCUCUGGCCAGGGAGAGAUAAAUUAGGACUCUCUGAAAAUGGAUGUUCUCACAUAUCCUUCUUCAGAUACAAAAGCCGGCAGAUACUGAAAUAAGAACACGAAGUUCCUUCCUCUUUUUUUCUGUCCCAAGAACAGGAAAUAAAGUGCAGUCUCUGCAAGAAGCAUCGUCACCGAUGGGAAGAAAUAAUGCCACCCUCCGGCUCACCAGGUGCCCGCCUCCACUCCAGGGAUGGCCAUGGCAGUAGCCAGGUGGCGAAGGCCUGUUGCCGGCCCCCAAGUCUGCCCACGGUCAGGGCUUGCAGAGCUGGGCCCCGCCGCCCCUACCCGGUCCGCGCCCCGAGCCUGUCUGCGGUUCCGCCCCUCCGCGCCUCCGCCGAGAAGCCCUCCAGCAGCUCCCUCCUCCCGCCACACAGAGGAACCCCUGCUUCUCUGCCGACUUCUCACGAUAUGAUUCUGCUCAGAGCUCUCCCGUCUUCGGCAAAGAAUCCAACACUGGAUCCGCGUGGCACAGCGCCUCGUUUAGAAAGAGCAGCUCUCCCUCACCCCCCAGUUUCACCCCCCAGCCCCUCUCCACCCGACCCUGCCGGACUCCCCAGGAGCCUCUACCUUAACCUCUAGUCUCUGCUUUAAACUUGCUCUGCGCUUCCCGACAGGGCCGCCUCUGUGGUCAGGUGCCUUUUCUUCCUUUUGGAUGUGUCAUUCUGAAUUUCCCGUGGCCGCCGACCCACGCUCAGACGCUGUGUUCCUCGCGCUCCGGCGCCCCCGUCUCCAGCUGCAGACGCUCCUGCGCCGGGAACGCGCUCCCGCCCCGCGCCCCUCCCGGCGCCUCCCUCACUUCCAGCCUCGGACGCCUCCAGGCCGCUGAGAUCUUCCCGCUGGAUUCCCAAGGACACCUGGAGCUCCGUGCUUCUGUUUUCAGGACAAAGAUACUUAAUUUGCAAGUAUUAAAAUUACACUGCCUCCUCUGGCCUCCAAAGAGGAGAUAUUGUGUUUGGAGGCAUGGUGUGUGGGGGCUGGAAAAUGGUUGGAGACGAAUUUUUGAAAAGACGGAGAGACGUGGAAAGAAAGAUCCUGGGAAAGGUGGGGGGGGGAGGUUAGGAAUGGCCAGAGAGGGCAGGAAGGGGUGAGGAGAAGAGCUUGCUUGACUGGUUAGAUAUGAAGACGGGGGUGGGGGGAGAGGGGAGAGGUGGAGAGAUUUGACAGCUGUCUAAAAGGGAUGUUGUGGGUAAAGGAUUUUUAAAGGGGAUUUUUAGGGCGUUUUACAUAUGAUAUUCAAUGAGCCUCCUUUUUCGUCUCUCCCUCCCUCCCUACAUCCCUUCCUUUCUUCGCUCCAUCCCUCCUUCCUUCCUUCGCUCUUUAUUUGAUUUUUUUUUUCCGUUAUCACUGCGCCUGCAGCUUUGCCUCCUCCCUUGCAGCUUGCUGUGACUGUCUGCGUGCUGCGCUCUCGCUCUGAGGCUCUUAAGGACGGGAACUGUGUCAUUCCUUUUGGCUGCCCUAAACCUCGUGAAAGAACCUGACACAGUAUGGCCAUUUUAGGGGAAAUUUAGCCAAAGUUCAGGGGAAAUUCCCUUAUUCCUAUAACCCUCAAAGGUAGUACCUGGGCUCUUUUUUUAUGUUAGUGAUAAUCGUUCAGAACUCUAAGUGGCACCGACAAACUGUUCUACAGACAAGUACUUUAACUUUUUGCUUUGAACAAAAUUAAAUAAUAAUCAAAUAUAACCCCCAUCUCCAGUCUCCUCAUCUCUCAUCUCUCAAAAGGGGCGCGACAGUUCUGAGGGUCCCACAGCCAGGUGGGAGGGGCCCCGGGUGCAUCCUCACCCAGCUUCUCUCUCCAGGGGAACUUGCUCCCCCUUUACACUUCAGACUGGGCAGUGACGUCAUCCACUGACAACUUUCCCUUUCUCCUUUGGGGCCUGGAGAGACAGGCGUCCUUUACUCUCUGAUGCCUAUUGCAAAACUAGCAACAUGAAGACAUCCUUAAAUUGUACAACGUCUAUGCGUUGUCUCUAGCUUCCCUGGCUGUGAAAUAUGUGACAUUCUCCUUGACCUUGGGUCAUCUUUUCACAAAAACUUUCACUUAACUGCGUAUAAAUUACUCAUGGAGAUUUACAUAGUAGAUGAGAAAAUUGGGACAUAAAAAAAGGAAAAAAAUGUCACAAAAGAACACAUUGCACAGCACCUGGAAAGCUGUGAGCGUGUAAUGCUCUCUUUCCUUUAGAUAUGUAAGAAAUAACACCCACGGAGAGACUGCGCCAAAUGAUUUAGAGGACCCCCACACAACGGGGGCACGGGGAGCCCCCUCAGAGUUUCCUGUGUGACUUGCAUUUUGAUGGUUGGUUCCGAUUUCUCCGUUUCCCAUUUCUUGAUUGACAGAAAUGAAGAGGGCUCUCAAUGCACAGCCUGAACCACAGUGGACCCUCUGCAGCAGGACUGACCUACUGAAGUAAUGAAAGGACAGAGGGAGAACAAUGCUUUGUUUGGGCUGGAUAUUUCUUUGGCUUGUGUCAGGAGAGAGAAUUAAAGGAUUUAAUAUUUCAGAUUGCUCCACCAAAAGACGCAUUUGGACAUACCAAGCAGGGAGUGAGGAGAAGUUUGUCUUGUUUUGUGAUUUGCCAGAGCCCCAGAAAUCCCAUUUCUUCCACAGAAGUCAACUUUCACCAAUGCAAGUCCCGCAGCAUGUACCCUGCAAUGGAAGCAAGGACCUGUCCGAUGUCCAGUGGUUCCUCCAAUCUCCAAGUGGAGAUGCAUUGGGGGAAAUUACGACAAACUAUCCUCACCUCAUCCAGAACAAGAACGCCCUUCAGUUUUUGACCAUAGGGAUGAAGGAUGCCGGGUCAUAUAUUUGUAGGCCCAGGAUUAGGAACCCCCAGGAUGAGGCCUCUUGUAUUGAGAUCGUCUUAGAAGUUAAACCCCAGAAAAAUACAUCCUGUGUGGACUCCAGACCACAUAAGCAGUACCUUCUUCUGGGUAGCAUUGAUUCGAUUUAUUGCCCCAGUCUUGGCUGUCAGAAUGGUACACAAAGUCCAGAGGUGACCUGGUACCAGAAUGGAAGUCUACUCUCUGAUAAAAGGAGCAACCCCCUCACAGUGGUUGAGGUUUUUGUCCAUCACGGAGGCACGUAUGUAUGCGAUUACACUCAGUCGGACAACGCAAGCUCGUGGACAGUCAGAGCUGUUGUUCAAGUGCAAACUAUCGUGAAAAACACCAAAUCUGAACCAAUAAUUCUGGAUCCCACCAAGGAUACACUGGAAGUAGAACUUGGAAAGCCUUUAACUCUUAACUGCACGGCACGAUUUGGCUUUGAGAAGGACGUUGCUCCUGUGCUGAGAUGGUACAUCAAAGACUCUGACGAGGAUUCGGAAGUCCCCACACCUGACGGGCAAAGGAUUAAAUCUACAUGGAAGGAUGAAGACAUUCUGCGUGUCCUCACCUUGAAGAAGGUUACUCGGCAUGAUCUGCACAGGAAAUUCAUAUGCUUUGCCCAGAACUCAAAGGGGAACGCUACCCGCACCAUCCAGCUGGAAGAAAAGAAAGGAGUGGUUUUCCUGUACAUCCUGCUCAGCACCGUCGUGGCCCUGGUGGGCGUGCUGACGGCGAGUGGCCUCAUCUACAUGUACUGGAUUGAAGUCGUGCUGCUCUGCCGAACCUACCAGAGCGGGGAUGAGACCCUCGAAGAUAAAAAGGAAUUUGAUGCUUUUGUGUCCUAUGCAAAAUGGAGCUCCUUUGAAAGUGAGGACCCUUCAUCUCUGAGUGAGGAAAAUUUGGCCCUGAAUCUAAUUCCAGAAGUGUUGGAAAAUAAAUAUGGAUACACCUUGUGUUUGCUUGAAAGAGAUGUGGCCCCCGGAGGAGUGUAUGCCGAAGACAUUGUAAGCAUGAUUAAGAAAAGUAGAAGAGGAAUAUUCAUCUUGAGCCCCAGUUAUGUCAACGGACCCAGUGUCUUUGAACUGCAAGCAGCAGUGAACUUUGCUUUGGAUGACCAAACGCUGAAACUAAUUUUAAUUAAGUUCCGUUCCUUCAAAGAACCCGAGUCUCUACCUCAUCUUGUGAAAAGUGCUCUCCGUGUUUUGCCCACGGUCCCCUGGAGAGGGUUGAAGUCAGCUCCUCCCAAUUCCAGGUUCUGGACCCAGAUGCGCUACCACAUGCCUGUGAAGAAGUCGAAAGGAUUCUCGUGGGACCAUCUCAGAAUUAUCCCGAGGGUAUUUUCUCUGGAAAGGACUAAGUAAGGCAGAAACCACUAGGGGGAGCUCCCAGCCUGGGGAACGGGGAAAAUGGGCCUCCAAACCUCUCUCCGGACUCUGGCAAGUAGAGAUAUUGUUGGACAGAACACGUGGCACUGAUUGAGCUGAUAUAAAAUUAAAAGUCUGCUGCCCCUCCAGCUUGCAAGCGUGACAGACACUGGAAUAAGACUGAGGCUGCAGCUUGGAGCCUUUGGUUUCCUGGCCUGGUCGGAAGGAGGAUGAAUUUUCUAGAAGCUUGACCCCAUUCAGCACAUAAAGUUCCCCAAGAUUCUCCUAGUGGUCUGAACAGAAAAUCAGCAGAUACAACCACUUUUGCUUUGGGCUAUGAACUGUCAUUUCUACUAAGUAUUGUCCGUAUGACCUUAUGCACAUUUAAAGUCAAAUAAAUAUUAUUUUAUUAGAAACUAUUGA